UAUCAUGUUGGCAAUUGGGAGUCAUCACGAGAUAGAUAAUAUCCGAUAUUUAUAUCUGAAAAGGUGAUAACCGAUCGAAUUCAUAUAUUGCGUAGCAUUCCAACCAAUUUCACCUGGCUGUUGUAGCAAUCUGGUUGACUUUGUGUGACUGUGAUCAAGAUGAAGAAUUUUUUGUGCGUAGCCGUUGGCUGCAUUUUAAUUGCUCUUAUCCAAGCUGAUGACACUAAAACAACUAUAAAUGUGAUAGCUAUAGAAGGUCAACCUGGCACGGACAAGGGCGGAAGCCCUUCAUUGAUUCAAGCUAAUGCGAAGAGCUAUUUGGAUGUCAUUGACAAUGCCAAAAAACCAGCAGAUAUAAUAGUCUUCCCCGAGUAUGGAUUAACUGGAAGGAAUCAAGAUAAAGGGAAUGCCGUUAUAAUCAACUCCACCACAAUAAGUGAUAUGAAAAAUGAUGAUUUAACUUUCCUUGAUGGAACAGCUAAAAAACGAAAGGCGCUUUUGGUGGCCAAUGUACUUGAAACAGACGGAGAUGACCUGUACAGUACCACUGUAGUAUUCGAUGGGUCGGACAAAUUAAUAGCCAAAUAUCGAAAAAACAAUCUUAAUACAACUGAAGAUGAUAAACUCAAAUCGGACGAUCAAAUAGCAACCUUCACAUGGAACAAACAAACAAUCGGUUUGAUUUCUGGAGAUGAUAUUCUUUACAAGGAACCAGUUAACCAACUAUUGAAAAAUAAUGCCACCACCAUCAUUUACACCAGUUCUUUAAGAUCAAUAGCACCAUUCAGAACAGCUUUAAGUGUCCACGCUGGAUUUGCUAAAGCACACGGUGUGAAUUUGAUAGUAGCAAGUUUGAACGAUAUAAACAAUGGAAUAACUGGCAGUGGAAUCUAUGGACCUUGUAAAACAGUAGACAGGUACCUUAAGCCAGCAAUUGGAAGUCAUGUCGUGUCUGGGUCUCUUGAUAUGGUUCCAACAACAACCUGCAAAUCUUCUUUAGAACGUAAAUUAAUGAGUGCUGGAGGUCUUGGAACUGAUAAAAAUUUCGCCGAUAUUCUAGUAUACGAUUAUGAAGAUCUGGAAUAUUCUGACGUAUUGAAUGGAACAAAUGUGCAGAAAGCAGAAGUAUGCAAAGGAAGUUUCUGUUGCCAAUUCAAUAUUUCAUCCCAAAGUUGGGAUAAAGAUGAAAAAUUCAGGUUGGUGGCUGGUAAUGGAGAUUACAAAGUUUGCGCUCUGGUACGAUGUACUGAUGACAAGGAUAACACUAAAUGCGGUACCGUUACUCAAGCUGUUAAAACCAUAUUCGAUGAAGUCGACAUAUCAACAUCAGAAAAUGACGAUUUCUUCAUGCCCUAUAUUGUACACACCGAUCUCUCUCCAAUCACAGAUAGUAGUAAAAUCAAGUUUGUUGAGAAUGAUGAUGGUACCACUUUCAAUAUAGAUAAUAGUGUAGCAAAAGAUACACCAGUUGUAAUUGGAAUAGUUGCUACUAAAUCAGCUGCAAAUACAUUGCAAAUUCUAAUGACGAAUAUAAUGCUGCCUCUUAUAUUAUUGAAAUACUUGUUCUAGUAGAAUCAACACUUUUAUUAUUUUUUUCACUGUUGUAACUGAGAAAUAAAUCUUGAAAAACUA